UGCCACUACACACCACCAUCUCCAUCACUCAAUCGAUCUCACUUGAGCAGCCAUGGCCGUGAGCGACACCAAGCUGGCCGAUGCAGAGAACCCUGCGACCACAAAGUUCAGCGAUGACUCCGACGUGGACUUCGCGGGCCGCGCCAACUGGCUGCGGGCGGCGGUGCUGGGGGCCAACGACGGCCUGGUCUCCACGGCGUCGCUCAUGCUGGGCGUGAGCGCGGUGAAGCACGAUGUGCGGGCGAUGGUGGUGUCGGGGUUCGCGGGCCUGCUGGCCGGGGCGUGCAGCAUGGCCAUCGGGGAGUACGUCUCUGUCUGCUCCCAGCGGGAUGUGGAGCUCGCGCAGCUGGACCGCGACGGCAAGCGCGGAGGGGACGAGGAGAGGGCGCUGCCCAGCCCCGUCCAGGCUGCUGUGGCGUCCGCAUUCGCGUUCUCGGUCGGCGCCUUGCUGCCGCUGCUGGCGGCCGGGUUCAUCGUCGGGUAUAGGCAGCGGGUGGCCGUGGUGGUCGCCGUGGCGACCAUGGCGCUGGCGGCGUUUGGGUACGUCGGGGCAGUACUCGGACGGGCGCCGGUAGCCAGGUCGUGCGCGAGGGUUGUGAUGGGCGGGCUCGCCGCCAUGGGCGUCACUUUCGGCCUCGAUGAGGCUCUUCCGUGA